CCAAAGAAACCAGAAAACGGCUUGCACACUUUCUCCGGACAGCGGGUACCCAGUGUUCAGUUUGCAUGGCGGCAGAGCUUCAUAUCUGGUAUUAGCAGGAGAGAACCGCUGGUUUCUCCUCUGGAAGAACUAGCAGUUGAAAGGCUUGUCUGCGUGCGCUGACACACAUCAUAUCCACAGCACGGCUCUGGCCUAGCCGACGCUUCGCAGUCAGGAACAAGGCAGAAUGGGGUCGACGGUGUCGGCCCGUGCGGAGUAUAACGAAGAUGGGUAUCUGGACUAUUCGCCGCGAAACCAAGCCUUGCUCGAGGACAUGGCAAAGUUUGUUCAGGAAAUGAACGAGAAGAAUCCACGUGAAUCCACCGUAAUCUUCGACCGGAACUUCCAGUGGUGUACCAGCUUGAGGGCGGACGAUUUUGCAAAGUUGCCCAAGAGCGAAGACCUUUUUGUCAUACAGGAUGGAAACGUAUCAUCGGUGGCUAAAACGAGAAGUGGCGACCCGUGCCUUGUCCUUUCCAAGGUGGAGAAGCUUACGGGAACGUAUAAUGUGCAUGGUUUCUUGAAGCGGUUUGGCGAGGACGACAAUGAACUUGGACAAAUCUUUGAAAUUCGCUGCUGGACGUUCGAGGGCUUCAAGCAUAUCUUGGAUGCCUCAGCUACCCAUAAGGAAGCGGAAAUAAAGCUUUGCCUUGAAGCAAACACUGAGCCGUUGACUUCCAUCAUGGGCCCGGGCCAUGUCAACAUGGGGGUUGGCACAUCUAUGCUUGACACUCACGAACGCCUGUUGCGAGAACGAGCACGCUCCUCGAAUGACCCGGCAGUGGAGGAGCUGGACAACAAGUUCCGACUGUGCCUUCUCCUGAACACCAUGGACGUCAAGUUGCUCAAGAACACCGUUCAUGACAUGAGGAAGAUAACACGGAUCACUCCAGAGUUAGUGGAUCGUGAAUUGGAGGUGAUAAGAAUGUAUGCUGGCACGGGUCAAUCCACAUCCAGCCUAGCGGACAUCAGCUACUCAUCAGAACUCAUGUUUGCGAACGGGACUCGAGCAUCUAUUCGGCGUCAGCCCAAAGGCGAUCUCUGCUUCAUUACCGUGAAGCCACACGAUGGUGCUGAGUUCUCCAUUGGUUGCAACUCUGCAGGCUACUAUGUUGCCAAGGAUCCCUCUCCGAAUGGCGAACCACCGCCGGAAGAAGAUAUGGUCCAGGACCUUCGCAAGCUGUUGAAGAAGCAAAGCGCACAUUUCUCGCAGACUUUCGGCAAGGAGGACUACAAACAGGGGAAGUACAACGACACGGUGCUGGAUCGUAGCAGGAUGAAGCAGACAGGUGUCGACGGUAAACUUCCAAGCAUUCGCAAGCUUAUGAUGCAUCGUCUUAUGAUGAAAACCGUCCAUAAUAUCGAGUUGGAUCCGGACAACAAGCUCGGACCGGACCAACGCGUUGAUGUUAAGCUCGAUCUACCGCCAACCCCUGCAGAACCAGAGAAGAGUGCCACAGAUGGCCCUACGGGCCCACGGUCGGGCGUAAAGAUCACCAAGGAGCCAACGCCUGAGCCUAUUUUAAGGGUGGACAGCAGGCGCCCAAUAGCCAGAGAACUGACGGUAGCGGAGAGAGCCAGAUUGCCUCGUUCGCCCCAGGCAAAGGUUUCUGCCAACAUCGACACCACCCUGCAGCACGAGAGGCGUCGCAAGAAGAAGAGGGAAGAGCCGGGACAGGACAUCUUCGGCAAAGACAUGGGGAUCUCCAAGUUCCAGCUGCAUAUGGAGCAUGCGAUGAGCUCACCAAGUGUUGCCGGAGACCGAGAUGAUCGCCAUGUUGCAGGCGGUGGUACUGGUUCUCGCAAUAGCAGGCUAAGAAACCGACCGGCGUCGGUCCCAUUGGAUCCGGACUACGCAACUGGUGACAGCUCAUCAGAGGAAGAAGAGGAAAACGACGACAAGAAAUUCAGCCAGGUUGUGGGUACUGAUACGUUUGCUGAGCUGCCAACUGAUUACUGGGGUGUAACCAAGCUGAUCAAGUACAUCAAGGGAGGCAAUAUGAACGCCACGCUCAUUUCGCUGUGCUCGAUGGCGGAUUAUCGCCUUAACAGUGACUCUUGCUUGCUAGCCUUCAAAGACAACGGUGGAAUAGAGAUUCUUGUCAACCUGUUGGGUGUCGAUGAUGACGAGAUAAAGAUGGGUUCACUGAGGAUCUUGAAAGAGAUCACAAGAAGCUCACACACGCGACACGUCAUUACAGACUGCAAGGGCAUUCCACUGCUGGUAAGCUGUGUGGACAACUUCAACUGGGAGAUAGUUGCCACAGCAGCUGAGACUCUGGCAAGAGUGGCUGCCUUUGCCAACGCACGCAAACAGUUACGUCACUACGGUACCAUACGCAAGUUUACACGAAUGCUGGAGCACGAGAAGUUUGAAGUGAAGAAGGCCGGCGCUCUGGGCUUGUGGAGGUGCAGUGUUGGCACAAAGAACAAAUCGGCGAUCUAUCACGCCAAGACGUUCUCGCACUUGGGCAAGCUGCUGACGUCGACGCAGGAGGAACUGCUAAUACCAGUGGUGGGCACAAUCCAGGAAUGCACUGUUCAGCCACGUUUCCAGCUGUUGAUGCGCUCAGAGGGAAUGGUCCCAGAACUGGUAAAGCUGUUCAGCAGCACCAAUCAGGAAUUGCAAGACCUGGCUGCCAAUGCUGUCUUCAAAGCUGCAGAGCAUGAAGACGUACGCCGACAAGUGAGGGAGUAUGGUGGCUUGCCACCACUGAGCAAGAUGUUGGCCGAGGCAAAGACGCCAGCGAUAGUGCAGUCCGUGACUGGCGCUCUCUAUCAAUGUUGCCACGACAGGGAGAGUGUCAACGUACUUCGCGAUUGCAAGGCGACUGACUACUUGGUAGCGCUUCUUGGCAAGGAGUCUGAGGACGUACUGUUGAACGUGACCGGCGCGCUGGGCUUGCUAGCGCAGGAUGCUGACAAUCGUACGACCAUCCGCAAAGCUGGUGGAAUUCUUCCUCUGGUUCGACUGCUGACUGGCACCAACGAGCGGCUUCUCAUCAACGUGACCAUGGCGAUACAGAACCUAGCGGCGGACCUGGAAUGUGUACAGGCAAUUGACAAGCAAGAUGGCAUCCGUUACCUGUGGUCAUUGUUGAAGUCCUCUAAUGAAAGUGUGAAAUCCGGUGCACUCUUAGCGCUGUGUCCAUGCAUGGAGAAAACUAAGGAGGCUGGUGAGAUGGUCCGGUCCUUUGUCGGUGGUCUGGAGCUUGUCAUCAAUCUUCUUAAGUCGACGAGUCUGAACGUGUUGUCAAACGUCUGUGCUCUGAUUGGCCGUAUUGCUAUGGACGAGGAGAACCUCGCAGUCAUCACCGAUCACAAUGUGGUGGCCAUGCUGUCGGAUCUGACAAACACGAUGGUGUAUGGAGAGUAUGAGCAGUUUUACCCGUUCACUUCGGCACUGAGGAGUCCGGAGACCGGUGCCUAUCUGACAGUGGAUGGUCUCCGACUUCAUCUCGCUGAGGCCAUUGCAAGGUGUUGCAACUACAGCCGGAACCGCGAAACGUUUGGAGAGUGUGGUGCUGUUGCCCCACUGGUCUCCUACCUGACCUCUCACGACGAGCACGUGCGUCAGGCCACCUGCAGAGCUCUCUAUCAGCUGUCACGCCACGCUGCCAACUGUAUUACUCUGCACAAGACUGGCGUUGUGAAGCCCUUGAUCAGAAUGAUGGCAUCCCGGAAUGAAGUGAUCCAGGAGAACGCGGCGUGUUGCGUCCGCAACAUCCGCCUGCUAGCAUUGGCAAAUGAGCGGCCCGACCUCGUGCAGUCGUUGGCAAAGGUGACCGUGCGAUAGCUGUGGCGAGCAUAACCGCGAAUACACGUCAAUGCGCUGCACAGUGUGCAUGUUGCUGACUGCCCUGUGUACAUGUACAACACACAUCAUCAUUGGCUGGCGGUCAUGGACAGUCGUCCAGCGCUGCUCCACAUUGAGACAUGCAGCAGCGGCACAUGCUCUCUCUUGGCCACUGCCGACCUCGCCCCCCCCCCCCCCUCUCUCUCUCUCUCUUUCUCCCCCCCCCCCCCCCCCCCCCGUCGCCCUUUUGUUUUCCUUAUCCAUGGUAGCCGCACUGCAAUGUGCCCAGUGAACCUUCAAGAUUUCGCAACUGCACCCGGCACAGGUGGACGAGGCUGUAUCUGAUGAGACUGACCUUAUCACUGAAUAAUGCACCAAGUUACUCCGCCUGUAAGCUGUUGAAAUGAUACUGUAGUGAAUAUCAAAUUCUGUCUCACUACUCCCUUGUACAGUUGGCAUUGGGACUCAGUUGAUCAUAACGUUAGACCG